CAGCGUCGCGGCUCCCUCAUCGCAAUCGACGUGCAAGCAACACCCAAUCACUCUAUAGGCUUCGUGAUCAUACCCAGGAGACUCGCUGUAGCGAUGGGUGGGAAGCGGAAGCAACUACCUGGCGGUGCCGAUGGCGGCCGCACUUCGUACAAGCGAAGCAAAGUAGGCCACACACCCAUCGUCGGGUGAACGUCGUCUCAACCCAGCCGCGAGACAGCAUGCUACCACUCGGAGACGAUCAUUGGCUGACGAAGUAUAAUGUCCAGGGCGGCAAUUCGGGCAGGUGGAAAACGCCGCAUCAGAACGCCAAGAUGGCCGAAAAGGUUGACGGGGGCGUCGCGCUGGAUGUGGGAGAUGAGGGCAUCUGGGUCACGUUCGCCCGGGGCAUGAGGGCCAAGGCAAUGCGGGAGUUCAAGCAGCUUUGUGAAGAGUACGGCGAGACGCUGUACGACAUAAAGCCGCAGAGCGCGGCAGAAGUGGACGAGGAGGAGGACGCUGAGGAGGACAUCGAGGCAUCCAUCAAGAGAGAGCUCGACGCAAUCAAGGGCGAUGACAGCAAAAAGCCCAAGGUGCGACAAAUCUUCUCGCCCGUGUCGUCGGGUAUUGAGUGCCUCUUCUUCAUGAAGACGAUGGCGCCGAUAAAGCCAGGCGAGUUCGUGCUCAAGAUCUGCCGGGAUGCCAGAGACUGUCCAGACCCAAGGCAACGAAAGGUCAAAUACAUCAACCGUCUCACGCCCGUGUUCAACACAGAUAAGGCGACAGAAAAGGGCAUCAUCAGGGUAGCAAGGUCGGUCUUGUCGCCGUUCUUCACCCUCAUUCCAGAGGAAGGGGUGGAAGCAGCGGAAGCGCCCCAAGCUGUGAGCAAUGGGCAGGCUUGCACGUACGCUAUUCGGCAUAACGUUCGAAAUCAUGUCACGUUCAAGUCAGACGAGGUCAUCAAGAGCAUCGCGGGCCUUGUCGAUGUGCGGCACAAAGUCAAUCUUGGGAACCCGGACAAGGUCAUCUUGGUAGAGAUUUUCCAGCUCUUCUGCGGUAUAUCGGUCGUGGACGGGAAGGAGUGGGAGGCUCUCAAACGCUACAACAUGAACGCACUCUAUGGCAUGACGGCCGACGAGAAGGCUGCCUCGGGAGGGCCGACUGGGGAUACGACGACAGAGCCUCCGCAGACAUCGUCGUAAAGGCCGACCGCCAUUUUGGCGGAGCCGUCGUCAUACGUACCAGGCGGCUGCAAAGAGCAGUUCUUGGCCAAAUUCACUUUGCAUCAGAAUAAGCAGGCGGGAACCGGACCAGUCAUGGCCAAGCGCGGCAGUAAGAUACGAAACAGCAAAGUCUCCGAUGAUGUGACGUAUGCAUAUGUCGGCGCCACAGUGGCACAAGCAAGACCAGGGAGAGUUGCUGCUCGUCACGACAGCGAGCGCCCGAUGACGACUUUGGCGAAAACAAAACAGGGUCCGGCCUGGUACGGGAGGUGGAAGAGCGGCAGUGUGCGACACACUGGGAGUAGGAAUAGGGGGUUCAGGCAGUGGCGGUGAGAGCCUUGGAUCUUGCUCCGAUUUCGAAAACAGGCGCAGCUUGGCAGGGUGGAACGAUAGACACGGGGCGCAGCGAAGCGCUCUCGUGUCGUGGACGAUGUGUCGCGUCCAGGUACGUAUGUGAGGAUGGAUGGAGUAGGGCAAGCAAGGCAAGGCAAGGCAAGGCAAGGCAAGGCAAGGCAAGGCACGGCACGGCACGGUACGGCACGGCACGACGCAUACCGACUGCCGGGGCCGCGACGUCGCUGGUAGACCAUUGGAUGGGCAUGGGCUGAGAUGCUCUGCUGGCAGACUCGACUUUGGAGGAACGGGCAGCUGUGCGUAGGAUGCCUUGCGCUCAAUGAGCCACGCAAUGACUGGAGAGAAAGGAACCGCCGCUAUGCACAGUCAUUGCGCCUUCAGCGUCGUCGUCUCGGAUGGCCGACUACCUUGGACGCAGCUACAAUAUAGACA